UGCCCACGCAAGGGCGAUGUGGCAGUGCUUGUGAAGGGGCAGGGACGGGCUCGGCUGCGAGGGGGGACCGAGGGGUAUAUAUGGUCCCUCCUUGCUGCCGCAGCAGCCAUGGAGGCGGCGCUGAUAUUCCUGUGCUCCCUGCUGAUGCCGGCGGCCGUGGCAGACGUGGCCACCCAGGAGAAGGAGGAGGACCCCUUUAACUAUGAUUACCAGAGCCUGAGGAUCGGGGGGCUGGUGUUUGCCGUGGUCCUGUUCACCGUCGGCAUUCUCCUGAUACUCAGCAGGAGGUGCAGGUGCAGUUUCAACCAGAAGCCCAGAGCUCCAGGGGACGAGGAGGCUCAGGCCGAGAACCUGAUCACCUCAAACGCAACGGGAGCACAGAAAGCAGAGAACUGAGCAAGAGCCAUGCGACCCAGAGACCCGAGGACAGAUGCUCGGACCGCAGAUGCCAGUGGCCUGCGAGGAAACUGAAAUCGCAGCAGCAGGUCCCUCUAAGGAGAUGCGAAGCUGCCGUCUCUGUGUUACCCUCUGUACUUCAGCACCGGUUCUCUGUUUACUAACCCGACUAAACUCCGCUCACCGUCCUCUCUGCCUCCAGUGGUGUGUAAUGUUGAUGUGAGAUGAUCGUGGCCUCUAGGGCUAGUCGUUGCUGGUGUUGUAAUAGUGACUUUCUCUUCACCUUUCUCGUGCUGUGCGUGUGAUUCCAGCUGUGUGCGACUGGCAGGUGCCGCCCAGGAGCAGGAGCCGCAGGGCAGGGCGGUGCGGGCUGCGGUGCACGGAGCCCUGCAUCCCCCCUCCCUGCCCGGCGCCCGAGGCUCGUGCUUCACCCCGGCAGGCUUUGGGCAGGGCUCAGGGGCCAGCCCCGUGGCGUUUUGGGGGCCUGCCCAGCCUGACUCUGGACCGCCCGUUGCCAUUUCAGCAAUAAUCCUCCUGCGCGCCCCUGGCCCGAAGGCAGCUGCGGUGGGGGGCAGUCGGGCAGGGACAUCCCGCAGCUUGACUGCCCUGGGUGGUGGCACCGGGGUGCUGGAUUUAAGGCUGCAGGGAGCUGCCCUUUCUCGCCUGCUCGGCGCUCCCUGUUUGUGUCCCUGGCUAAAACCCAGCCGUCGGUGUGGGAUGCUGUUUUAAAUGUGAGGAAAUGCUGUGGUGGCAGAGAAGCCCGUGAAAUCCCCCAGCACGGUGACACUGUGAAAGAGGGCGGCUGCACAGCGGUGACCCUGCUAACCAGCACAAGCAGCUCCUCGCCAACGCUCUGCCUGCCCGCGAGGCGGAGGUGGGCAGGUUAAACAGUCUCCGAGGGCUAAAGAGAAACACGGGCUGAAAUAAAGAUCCCGUCCUUGCUUGUCUCCAGCAGGGAAGGGGCAGCGGCGUUUCCUCCUGGUGCUCCCUGCCCUUCCUGAUGCCUUGUCGCUCGCUGUGCCAUGCUCCGGGACAUGGCCACCCGCGUCAGUGCUGCGUGUCGUCCCGUGGCAGUUACAUGUCGUCAGCCCCCCAAUGCCGACUGCCCCUUCUCCCCGUGCAGCAGCAGCGAGCGAUGCCCAAGGGCUUUGCACGCCUGAGCCCGCAGAGUGGCGACACGCUGGCUCCGGAGGGGCUGAGCUCAGAGUCCAUCGUCACCUCAUGUCCACUCAUGGGUCGGAGGCAAACCUGUGAGUCUGGCCCCCUCCUCAAGCCUGUGGGCAUGCAAAACCGCAGCCUCAGCUGGGGCUGGGGACUGUUGGCUUGGUGGUGGGCGCUUGCCAAGGCAGGGCCAGCCUGCACGGCAGUGAGGGAUCCCCAGGGCUGCAUGGAAACACAUCAGAGUGCCAUCCAAAGGCUGGGAAGAGGUUCUUGUCCUCCAGGAUGGUUUUGAGAGGGGUUUCUGCCAUGCCCACCCCACCGCAGUGGUCCUGCCUCCAGCGCGGGCUGUGUCCCCGUGUGCUUUGCAUCCCUCGGAGGCGCUGGGAAGCACCGUCCGUCCUGUCUGUGCGAGGCAGCGAGACCGUGUCCCCUGUGCCCUGUCCCUUCCCUUCCUCGUGGCCGUUGCAGAGAGCUCUGCUCCCCUCCUGCCUCCGUGUUGCUCCGCAGCCUUGGGCAGAGCAGACCCCGCGCAGCCCAGCCCCUGAGCGUCAGCUGUGUGCGUGUCCCGCGUCCGAGUGCCUGUGAUGUCCGUAAUGUGCCGUCGGUGUUAACACGAAACAAAGAAAUCCCUGUGGUGUGUAGAAAUGGCAAAAUCCUGACCGUUGUAAAAUAAACUGAGCUAUUGUGUUUCGUUUUAAAUAGGCGAGUGUGCUGCUGUGGUAAAGGACUGCUGUGUUCUGUGCUGUGACCUCGAAGGGGGGAAAGGAAUAAAAUACCGUUUCUAUCGGUGC